AUGGCCGCGUCGCUUUUACCCACUCAGCUGGAAGCAAGCAGCGAGAUGAGCGGCAGAGAGCUUUUAUCAAAGACGAAUGCAGCGGGAUCGACCGCGACUCCGCUGUCGACUUCGAGCGAUAAAUCGCCGCCAAAAUCGUCGCCAACAAAAUCGCCCCCGGCGAAAUCGCCCCCCGUAAAAUCUCCCCCGAAAUCCUCAUCCCCGCCAAAGAACUCCUCGCCACCCAAGACAAGCUCACCGGCGCCAGACAAAAAGAAAAGGGGGCUAAUCAAGCGGCUUAUUCCGAAGAGGAAGAAGAAGGCGGAAGCCGGGGACAGCGGACCCGCUAUGGUGAACCUCGCUGACGCGCAGAAGGUGUUUACGCUGGUGAUGUCGCUGAGCAAGCAGAAGCAAUUCGUAGAGUUCUUCCAAAAAGCAGGUCUGCUGGCGACGCUUCUCGAGGCGACAGUUAAGGCCGGCACCAACGGCGCGACCUUCCUCGUGCCGUCCCCCGACGCGCUGCAGUCGCUGCCGCCCGCGUCGCCUUACAUCAACAACCCGUUGCUCGCGCGCGCCACGCUCCGAUAUCACAUGAUCCUCGGAAACAAGUUUGACUAUACGCAGCUCGUUGAGUUCGCGGCUAAUAGAAAGUUCGCGACGCUCGCGAAGCGCCCCGUGUUCAAGUCGGACGAGAGCGCGUUUUUCACGGUCGUGUUUCGGUCGGGCAGCGGGCGGUCGAAAUCAACGAUGAUCGCACCCAACCUAGCCAACACCACCUCCUUCCAACUGCACCUCGUCGACUCGCUCCUCAUUCCCGAUGACGUCUACCGCGCCCCGCCCGCGGAUGACGGCGACGAUGACGGUGACGACAGUGCGUCCCCGCCCCCGCCUUCCCCCAAGUCUCCGCCCAAGUCUCCGCCUCCGACCCCCCCAGCUUCCCCCAGCCUUCCCCCUCCUGUGGUCAGCUCUCCCCCUCCGCCCACGCCGGUUACCACCUCCCCGCCGCCCCCCGCAGUUACCACCUCUCCUCCGCCCCCCGCUGCUACCACCUCUCCCCCGCCGCCCACUGCUUCAACUUCCCCCCCUCCACCCACGACCACGGUGGCGUCCCCGCCUCCCCCGGUCUAA